AGUCAUUUCUGUCUCCUCCAUAUCUGAGACUUAUUCAAGUGUGCAUACGAUACAAACUAUGGAGUAGCUGCUACCACUGGAACAAUUUGAUACUCUUCGCGCGGACGUGCGAGCUUGUAGCCAUGAUGAUCCCAAGGAAACAAAAAUGGACCCCUCUUGUAUUGCUAAUAAAUUAUGGACUUGUUAUAUCAAAAAUCGUUGUUGGGGACCACUACUCCUUUAUGGAGUACUGGUCUCGUUUCUCCAUUUUACACUGAUUCUUCCGUCAGAUCUGGGUGCUCAGACGUAUUGGGCAGUUGUGAAAGUCCUGACCGUUGUUCAGAUUUCUUAUCUGACAUAUCAACAAGCCGAAGCCCGGAUUCUGGGAGAGAUUGUGAUCCAUUCCUUUCUGAUUUUGUGCCAGAAGACGUUCUUAAUUUUGUUGCUGACUACUCGACGCGUCGUCCAGAGGCUGGUUCUGAUUUGCUGUAUGACGGCUGCACUGAUGCUAACGCAACUCCUUACUUCCCACAACCUAAUGACUUUCACCUACCUCAAUUGGUCGGAGAAUCUCUCAAUACUGAUAGUUUAAAGUCAAAUUCGUACACAAGUGACCUUAUCUUGACAAAUGUUAGACGAAGUUUUCAUUCAAGACGACGUCGUGAGAUCAAUCGUGAGGCGUCAAAACGUUAUAGACAGAGGUUGAAGCAAAAGUCAUUGCAAACACAACAGGAUCUUAGCCUUGUUAUUUCCGCAUAUGAGCAAUCCAAAUCAGCUUACGAGAAAGCUGAACAUGCUUUUGAUGUGUUAAAGAAUAUUGUUCUUGAUCUGAUUAAUAUUGCUCCUCGGAAUUGAAUCGCCUGCGUCACUGACUGUUUUUGUGCUCCCAGAAAGCAUGUACUGUCCAAUACAUUACUGAGCAAUGG